GGAAGAGGUGAAGCGGCGCCUGCUUUCUGCUUUCAGGUCUCCUAAAGGGAGUUCAGCCAGCCGUAUCUGAGCUGGUGUGGUCUGACUUCCCGCCCCGCGGGCGGUCUCGAGGGACUUUUCCUCCGCCUUCCUGAAGGGAUCCGAAGACCUGGAGCGGCACAGCAUUCGCAUCAAGCAACAGCAGGAUGGCCAGGGCGACCCUAGCCCCGCGCUUUCUGUGCCAAUUUUGGCCGCGGACCCCUUGCGCGAGCCCCACGCGUGUGGCUGCGGGCGGUGUUCUCCGAAGGUUCUUGGCUGCAGCGGCACCUGCUCGCCGCCUAGACCUGCGGGGUAUCUAUCCGCCCCUCGUCACCCCUUUCACGUCUCAAGGCGGUGUAGAUUACGCCCGGUUGCAGGAAAAUCUGCGCCUCUACGCCGAAAUUCCUUUCCGAGGUUUUGUAGUACAUGGUUCCAAUGGGGAAGCUCCCUACUUGACACAGGAGGAAUGCCUGGAAGUCGUGAUGCGGGUGCACCAAGCUGUGCCUAAAGAAAAGCUUCUGCUGGUUGGGUCAGGAUGUGAAUCAACUUACUGCACCAUUGAGAAGACAAAACAAAUGGCUGACAAGGGUGCUGAUGCUGCUCUUGUGGUGACUCCUUGUUACUUCCGUGGAAGCAUGACCAGUGCUGCCUUGAUCCAUCAUUACACCCAGGUGGCUGAUGCAUCUCCAAUCCCUGUGAUACUGUACAGUGUUCCAGCCAACACAGGCUUGGAACUGCCCAAUGAGGCAGUGAUCAACCUCGCGCAACAUCCUAACAUAGUGGGGAUCAAGGACAGUGAUGGUAAUAUUACACGCCUGGGGCUGCUUGUCCACAAGACACAGAAUGAAGACUUCCAGGUACUGGCAGGAUCAGCUGGUUUUUUGCUAGCCAGCUAUAUUGUAGGUGCUACAGGAGGAGUCUGUGCCCUUGCCAAUGUAUUAGGCAGUGCUGUCUGUCAGCUUGAUGAUCUUUCCCAUGGUGGAAACUGGGAUGAAGCUCGCGAACUGCAGCAUCGAUUGAUUGAGCCAAACAUUGCAGUCACCCGGAAAUUUGGGGUCCCAGGUCUCAAGCAGGCGAUGGAGUGGUUUGGCUAUCAAGGAGGCUUUUGCCGUGCCCCUUUGCUACCAUUAACUGAGAUACAAUUAAUGGAAUUACGCCAUGAUUUCACCUCCAAUGGCUGGCUCUGAAGGACAAAGGAGUUCUAGCAAUGCCUGGAAUCUAGCUGCAGCCAAUUACUGUCUAAUCGGGAAAGGCUCAUGUGUCUUGCAAUUUACUUAAAUGCAUGCAGCUCAUUCAACUCAUAGUGUACUUAUUGGAGCAUCACUAUAGCAACAAAACAAUGAAGUAAAAUCUUCAGAAUGGAGCUUUAGAUGUGAAAAUGCUGUAUCUGCGAACAUUCCUUUGCCACUUAAAAUUUCUCAAUUCUAUAUAGCACACCUAUGUCUUAUAUAUCUUCUAUUCUUUUCAGCAUUUUCCUAUACCCUGACUAGUUCUGGAAUCAUAGAAUGGUGAAAGGCUAAUUCUCUGGGUUCAGAAAUUAGAUGUGUGUAAUCUUAAUGUCCUAUGUCAAAGAUAACAUUUCAUUCAUUUUUAUGAUUUACUAGGUCAAAAUACCAUUUGCACUACUACCUCAUGCACAGUAAAUGAGUUUGUUUAAUAGUUGUAUGAUCCACUGAAAAAUUGAAAACUUUUGAAAUGGUAUAAGAAUGUGCAAUUAGUGAAUGAUUAUGUGCCAUCAAGUCAUUUUUGACUUUUAGUGACUACAUAGAUUUUCUCCAUUACAACCUAUCCCUAACCUGUUACCUACACUAUGUAUUUAUGGAAUUCACUGAAGCUAGAUCAGUACAAUUUAAGUGUUGUUUUUUUAAUUAUUUCAUAAAACACCGCUGCAUAGGUCUGAGUGUUGCUCAUAGCCCUCAAGGGCAGAAAUGUUAUA